AUGUUGAGUCAAGCUGUAGCUAAUCAGACUGGUCAGCAAAGGGGAGCUCGACAGGAGGGAUCUAACACUUCUAGGAUUCGUGAGUUCUUGGGAAUGAAUCCUUCGAGUUUCAUGGGUUCGAGCACUACUGAGGAUCCAGAAAACUUCAUUGAAGAGUCGAAGAAGAUUUUUGAUGUGAUGCAUGUGGUAGAUACUGAGCGGGUCGAACUAGCUGCUUAUCAAUUGAAGGAUUUUGAACAAGGGGGAGAUGGUGUAUUAAGAUAUCAAGGUAGAAUAUGUGUACCUAUGAUAGAUGGACUCCAAGAAAAGAUUAUGGAGGAAGCUCAUAGCUCCCGAUAUUCCGUUCAUCCAGGUUCCACCAAGAUGUAUCGUGAUUUGCGAGAAGUUUAUUGGUGGAAUGGCAUGAAGAAGGGCAUUGCUGAGUUUGUUGCUAAAUGUCCAAAUUGCCAACAAGUGAAAACUGAUGGGCAAGCAGAACGCACUAUUCAGACCUUAGAGGAUAUGUUGAGGGCUUGUGUAAUCGAUUUCAAAGGUAGUUGGGAUGAUCACCUACCUCUAAUUGAAUUUGCCUACAACAACAGUUAUCACUUUAGCAUCCAGAUGGCUCCGUAUGAAGCUCUUUAUGGGAGAAGAUGUAGAUCUCCUAUCGGAUGGUUUGAGGUGGGUAAAGCCCAGUUGAUAGGACCAGAUUUAGUUCAUCAAGCUAUGGAGAAAGUGAAAGUGAUUCAAGAGAAGCUGAAAACGGCACAGAGUCGUCAGAAAUCCUACACUGAUGUUAGGAGAAAGGCAUUAGAGUUUGAAGUAGACGAUUGGGUAUAUUUGAAGGUUUCACCCAUGAAAGGCGUUAUGAGGUUCGGUAAGAAGGGGAAACUCAGUCCCCGGUAUAUUGGACCUUACCGCAUAUGCAUAGGUGAUCCUUCAUUGAUCCUACCGACUGAAAGUGUUAAGAUCAAGGAUAACUUAUCUUAUGAGGAAGUGCCGGUUCAGAUUUUAGAUCGCCAAGUUCGUAGGUUGAGAACGAAAGAUGUAGUCUCAGUUAAGGUCCUUUGGAGGAACCAAAUUGUUGAGGAAGCUACUUGGGAAGCCGAAGAAGACAUGAAGAAGAGAUAUCCAUAUCUCUUUGAAUCUGUAGAUCAAGGUAUUAAUUCCCUUCUUAGUGCUCUUUAA